AUGGAUUUGACAUAUAAGUCUGACGGCUGGUAUUGUUUUCCCUUCGUGUAUCGCAAGUGCUUGUCAAGUCUUUUCCUCAGUGUCGCGACGACACCCGGUGCAUUGUUACCGGCUGUCAGGCAGGCUGAGGAGUGCCAGUUACAGGCUGAGGUGUGCCAGUUACAGGCUGAGGUGUGCCAGUUACAGGCUGAGGAGUGCCAGUUACAGGCUGAGGUGUGCCAGUUACAGGCUGAGGAGUGCCAGUUACAGGCUGAGGUGUGCCAGUUACAGGCUGAGGUGGGCCAGUUACAGGCUGAGGUGCGCCAGUUACAGGCUGAGGAGUGCCAGUUACAGGCUGAGGUGUUCCAGUUACAAGCUGUGGAGUGCCAGUUACAGGCUGAGGAGUGCCAGUUACAGGCUGAGGUGUGCCAGUUACAGGCUGAGGUGUGCCAGUUACAGGCUGAGGAGUGCCAGUUACAGGCUGAGGUGUUCCAGUUACAGGCUGAGGAGUGCCAGUUACAGGCUGAGGAGUGCCAGUUACAGGCUGAGGUGUUCCAGUUACAGGCUGAGGAGUGCCAGUUACAGGCUGAGGUGUGCCAGUUACAGGCUGAGGAGUGCCAGUUACAGGCUGAUGAGUGCCAGUUACAGGCUGAGGAGUGCCAGUUACAGGCUGAGGAGUGCCAGUUACAAGCUGAGGAGUGCCAGUUACAAGCUGAGGAGUGCCAGUUACAAGCUGAGGAGUGCCAGUUACAAGCACACCUCAGAUCAUCUCAUCAUAAUCAGGCAACAGCGACAAGACAUUACCACACAUGUAGCAAUUGCAAGUUACCUCGCAGUCCACGUGGUGGUGCUCAACCUCCCAGUGCUCAACCUGUCAGUGCUCAACCUGCCAGUGCUCAACCUCCCAGUGCUCAACCUCCCAGUGCUCAACCUCCCAGUGCUCAGCCCCCCAGUGCUCAACCUCCCAGUGCUCAACCACCCAGUGCUCAACCUCCCAGUGCUCAACCUCCCAGUGCUCAACCUCCCAGUGCUCAACCUGCCAGUGCUCAACCUCUCAGUGCUCAACCUGUCAGUGCUCAACCUACCAGUGCUCAAUCACCCAGUGCUCAACCUGCCAGUGCUCAACCUGUCAGUGCUCAACCUCCCAGUGCUCAACCACCCAGUGCUCAACCUGUCAGUGCUCAACCUGCCAGUGCUCAACCUGUCAGUGCUCAACCUGCCAGUGCUCAACCUCCCAGUGCUCAACCUCCCAGUGCUCAACCACCCAGUGCUCAACCUCUCAGUGCUCAACCUGCCAGUGCUCAACCUGCCAGUGCUCAACCUCCCAGUGCUCAACCUGUCAGUGCUCAACCUGCCAGUGCUCAACCUGCCAGUGCUCAACCUGCCAGUGCUCAACCUGCCAGUGCUCAACCUGCCAGUGCUCAACCUCCCAGUGCUCAACCUGCCAGUGCUCAACCUGCCAGUGCUCAACCACCCAGUGCUCAACCACCCAGUGCUCAACCUGCCAGUGUUCAACCACCCAGUGCUCAACCUGUCAGUGCUCAACCACCCAGUGCUCAACCUGCCAGUGCUCAACCUGCCAGUGCUCAACCUGCCAGUGCUCAACCUGCCAGUGUUCAACCACCCAGUGCUCAACCUGCCAGUGUUCAACCACCCAGUGCUCAACCUGCCAGUGUUCAACCACCCAGUGCUCAACCUGCCAGUGCUCAACCUGCCAGUGCUCAACCUCCCAGUGCUCAACCUGCCAGUGCUCAACCUGCCAGUGCUCAACCUCCCAGUGCUCAACCUCCCAGUGCUCAACCUGCCAGUGCUCAACCUGCCAGUGUUCAACCACCCAGUGCUCAACCUGCCAGUGCUCAACCUCUCAGUGCUCAACCCGCCAGUACUGGUGAGGGACUGGUGCUGGUGGGGGUACUGGUGGAGGUACUGGUGGUGGUGGAGGUACUGGUAGUGGUGGUG